CAUUUCAUUUUAUCAAUUUCCUUUAUGCUUGAUUAAUGAUUAGUGUCGGUGAAAAUCUAAAUUGUUUAUUAUUUAUUAAGUAAUUUCUAUAAAAAAUGAGUGAAGUGACAGUUUUAUAUGAAGGAUAUUCAAAUAUGACCGGAAAAGAUCAAAUGACAGCCAACUGUAGCUGCACAUUAAUCACAGGCACACACAAUGUUGUUGUUGAUACCAUGACCGCUUGGGACAGUCAGAAAAUUAUCACUGCCUUACAGAAACACAAUGUGUCUCCAGAUGAUAUAAACUAUGUGGUGAGCACACAUGGUCACUCGGAUCACAUAGGAAAUAACAAUUUGUUCCUGAAUGCAAAGCACAUAGUUGGCUUCAGUGUGUCUUUCAGAGAACAGUACUACAUGCAUCCUUUUGAUAAAGGGGAAGAGUAUGUUAUAAAUGAUAGUGUCAAAGUCAUCCCAACCCCCGGACAUACAUUGUCAUGUGUCACAGUGCUUGUUACAACGGCAGAGGGAAGGGUUGUAGCAAUCUGUGGUGACCUGUUUGAAAAUUAUGAAGACAUAGAUAAUCCGAACGUUUGGCUGGAAGCUGGUAGCGAUGACCCUGUGCAGCAAAUGAAGAACAGACUAAAAGUAAUUGAGGUUGCAAAUUGGAUAAUUCCAGGACAUGGGGCAAAGUUUCAUGUCACUGAGCAAAUUAGGAACUCUUUGCGGAAACAGGCAGGUAAUGCACCAGUUUAAAUAGUUUUUAGACCCUGAGCCACAAUUCAAUUACUGUGACUAAGUGGGCAAAUAAACCCACUUUCUGGCCAGGGAUAAUUACAUUUUGAGCAUACCAUCAGUAAUAAUGAAUGAGUACCUUUGAGACCUUGAGUAGAGUAAUCUGUUCUAACAUUAUAUGUAUGUCACCGUAAAAUUAUAAACACUAGUCAGUUUACAAUCUCACCAGUUAAAUUAUAAACUGUAGGAAUAUUGGUGCACAAUCUUACGGUGCCAAGAAGGGCAAGGGUGGAAACACCCCCACUCACAAUCAAACUACCACUCUUGGUGUACUCUGGACAUUGUAAUAUUGUAAAUAAAUAAGUUAUGAAAAAAAAUCAUGACAAUAAAUAAAACGAACAAAUCAA